UGGGCUAUGCGACGCUUGUCGGCCAGAUGAGUUUGUCGGUGCGCGACUCGGACCCGAGUAGACGUCACUUUGUGAUUACAUUAGCGGGAGUGCCGCGUUUGAUCGAGCUGUGGGCCUUUGAGCACUUACCUUGGCUGGCUCCCCGAAAGGGGCAGAGGCCUUUGGAGUUCCCUGCCGGUCGCCGUUGGGGUUGGAAGAAGAAGCUGACAGUGCGUCCACCGCCCGAUACCGUGUGGGAUCUUAUCCGGGACGGGAACCCUGAACGGCUGCUGGACGCGCCGGGGCCGACGAUGCGGGUCCCUCGGGCGGGGGACACGGUCGUGAGAGAGGGAGGACACGGCACUCGCCCCUACGGCAUUGCCGUUCCGACGCGAGGGUGA